CAAUAAAUGUUGGUAAUCCUGCAAUAAUUGUGGACGUCGUGGACCAUGAACGCGACGAAAGCGAGGUGUAAGGAGGUGGUAUUGACUGAUUAUAUGUGAAAUCUUUUGUGCGUUGCGUUAUCAGUUUUUGUGUAAUGCUGAUAGAAGUAGUGGGGCUGUAGAUGACAGGGUACUAACGUAUUAGUCAGUGAAUGUCUGAUAGCGAAUGUGAAUCAGCGACAGAAUAUACAAGUCUGAUGGAUGCACAUGUAGCACCUGUGAGAACUGAAUCUGUGGCUGAGAGAAAGCGGAAGCCACAAAAUUCUCUAGAACCCAGGGGAGAUACAGCUGAAGACGAUCACCAAGAGAACGGACUCGUCAGUCAUGCACCAACUGAUGCCCCUGCAGGUGCUCCUGCAACAGGUAAUCCUUCUGACAUAACAGAGUGGCCACUAGAAGAAGAGGAAGAACUCAAAUAUGGAGCAAAACAUGUCAUCAAGCUUUUUGUUCCUGUUUCUCUAUGCAUGUUGGUGGUUGUGGCAACAAUCAGCUCUGUUACUUUCUACACCACCAAGGAUAUAUACCUUGUGUAUACUCCAUUCCAUGAAGAGAGUCCAGACACAAGUACAAAGGUGUGGAAUGCAUUGGCCAACUCUCUCAUUCUCAUGGCCGUGAUUGUUGUGAUGACAGUUCUGUUGAUAAUUCUAUACAAAUAUCGAUGCUAUAAGAUAAUCCAUGGGUGGCUUAUCCUCUCAUCUCUCAUGCUGCUGUUUAUUUUCGCAUACCUCUACUUAGAGGAGGUGCUAAGAGCAUAUAAUGUACCAAUGGACUACAUCACAUUGGCAAUAAUGAUGUGGAAUUUUGGUGUAGUCGGUAUGAUUUGCAUUCAUUGGCAAGGACCUCUAAGACUCCAGCAAGCAUACUUAAUUUUUGUGGCAGCACUUAUGGCAUUAGUAUUCAUAAAGUAUCUUCCAGAAUGGACUACUUGGGUUGUACUGGGAGUGAUCUCUGUGUGGGAUUUGGUGGCAGUGUUGACACCGAAAGGCCCAUUGCGUAUCUUGGUGGAAACUGCACAAGAACGGAAUGAACAGAUUUUUCCUGCUCUUAUAUAUUCAUCAACUGUGAUCUACACUCUCAUAAAUAUGGCUAGUAGUGAUGAGCCUAAACCUACUAGCAGUACCACUCCUGCUACUACUUCUACUUGUACUACGACUGCUGCUACUGGAUCUUGUCAUGCUCCUACUUGCCCCACCCCUAAUAGGGAAGGGGACACCGAGAGUGGAUUCUCCCAUGAAUGGAUUUUGAAUCAUGAGGAAAAUGCAGCCCGCAGGCAGAGAGAAAUCAGAGAAGCUUCUAAUGGACAGCAGCGGGACCCAGAGUACAGAACAUUCCCACAGCAGCAGCAGCAGCAGCAAAUAGAAAUGGAUGAUGAGGAACGUGGUGUGAAGCUUGGUCUAGGAGACUUCAUUUUCUACAGUGUCCUGGUUGGCAAGGCAUCUUCCUAUGGUGACUGGAACACUACACUGGCCUGCUUUGUUGCUAUCCUUAUUGGUUUGUGCCUUACAUUGCUGUUAUUAGCCAUUUUCAAGAAAGCUUUACCUGCACUUCCCAUCUCUAUUACAUUUGGGCUCAUAUUCUACUUUGCAACCAGGGAAAUUGUGAAGCCAUUUGCAGACAGUUUGGCAAGUGAACAAGUGUUUAUCUAGCAGGCUGGUGUGUUUAAACAGUGUUUACUCCUGUAAUUUACAUGUGUUAUAAUCAUAAAUUCAUGUCUUGAAAUUGUGUGUAAAAUAUGUGAAUAUUAUUACUUAUUGGAGUAUAGUUUUACACACUAGAAUGAAGUUACAAAAUUACAGCUGCAUAAUUUGAGGAAAGAAGAAUGAAAAAGGGUGAUUUCCAUUCUUUUCACAUAAUUUAUAACAGCCUCUCCCUCUUUCCCUUAUGCACUAAAACAUUUGUUCCCAGUUGUCUGCCUCCAGACAACAGCAGUUCCCCAUGCCCAUAUUUUGCGAGUUGAUAAAAUAGAAAUGCUUGUGUGCAUUGUUUCUGAAGCUUUGAUACAUAACUCUUCAAACUAAUAAUAUAUAAAUUAGAAAAUAGGCAGUACACAAUGUGCAGAAUACAUGUUAAAUAGCCAGUUCUACAUUAUAUGUAUUGUCAUUCAGUCAUACUUAUUUAAUAUACUACUCAUAUUUAAUAGCAGAUUACAACAGCAGGGAACUAUAGACUGGUAGGUACAUCACAUAAUUUUGCCCCAAAAUGGGCCACAGCUUGUUAGCAAGAGCAGAGAACACUUGGACAAUCAUGAAAAUAAUUUGUAUUUUAAACCAUAAUUAAAAUUAUGAGAUGAUGUGUUGAUAUUGUUUUUCUUGUUACUUUCCUGAAUCAUCUCAUAAUGAGAUACUGAAUAUGAAUUGUAGAUAGAUACCAUUAAAGGUACAAAAAUUUAAGUGAUAUUACUAUAAUCAGCUGUAUGUAGUACAUGAUAAAACAUUAUCCA